AUGGCUGUAGACAGGCCCACAGGUUCCAGUAAGGGGCUGAACAGGUGCCUGUCAGCCGUGGUCCAGGCUGUUCCCGACUCUCCAGCUAUUCACAGCACGAAGAGCUGCCGGUGGAAACGACUGCACCCCGUGUUGGGCAAAGCCGGCGCACGCAGCGAUCUGUCCCCAAGUGGAGCCCCCGGGAAGCUCCAGUUAGACCCACGAGCUUCUGGAGCAGCAGUGGCCCCGGACCCCGCCGCCGACCGCCGCGCGCAGCUGGGGAAGCGAUUGGGGCCUCCUGUGAGCUGCUGCAGCCUGGAGGUGGAGACCCCCUUCUGUGCCGCGGGACCGCUGUGCUCUGCAGAGGACACGGCCUCGGAGCUGCUUCCCGGGACUGAUGUUGCACCGGCCACGGUCACGAUGGGGGCCCCCAUCACGGCGGCUGCAUCUACUCACACCAGCACCCCACUUUCACGGCCUGCCAUCUUGCCCAGCAGUGCCCCCGGCCUUGCUCCUGGACCUCACUGCCCCCACAGCCUCGCCGCGCCCCAGCCUGGUCGCCAGCGGCUCUGUCCCCUCACUCAGAGUCUCCCAGUGCAAGGCCCUGGUGACCUGGUGCCUCCUGUCAGCCAUCGCUCCCCAGGGGCCGACACUCGGGCACCUCUGAGUCUGGGGUUCCGGGUUCAGAUGGUUUCCAAAGGGGCUCUGUGUCUGCGGAUGGAUUUAGGCGACAGUUCUGGCAUCCAAGUGAGGAUCCGCUGUGUGUCUGAGGAGGCGGCCGUCACCGCCUACCACCAGUACGGGAAAGAAGGCGUCUAUGUGCUCAGGGCAGCUCUUCAUAACGAACGGUGUGGAACUGAGUGGGAGCUUGGGCCCUACUACGUGCACGUGGGCCGCGCGGCUGCGACCGUGUUUGUGAACUCCAGCAGCGUCCACGACGGUGAAGUGCUGGCCUUUGGCUCGCAGGCCGAUCGCCAAGGCACUGUCCUUAAGCACUGUUUUCCACCCAUUUCCUGCUACAACGUGAGCUUCACCUCCCAGACCCACGUGGGUGACAGCCAGGCCUGGGCCGGAGUGACAGUUCGCUACCAGCUGCAGCCCGUGUCUGUCUACACAAACGGGACAGUGUUUGCCACCGACACUGACAUCGCUUUUGUAGCCGUUACCAAGGAAACCAGUGCCCUGGAGUUUGUGUGGUUCUUUGGCGGAGACCCACCCGUGAGGACGACUUCCAGAAGCAUCAGGAGGAGACUUGGCGUCGCCCAGUGGUACCGCGUGGUGGUCCAGGCUUCCAACGGGAUGAGCAGCAUGACCUCGGAGCCCCACCAUGUCUGGGUGCAGAGGAGGGUGGUCCCCAGCCGACUCGUGGCCGCCUCCUCGGCUCUGGUGAACGCCACUGUGACCUUUCAGUGCAGACUCACCUUUGGCAGUGAUGUCACCUACCUGUGGGACUUUGGGGACGGUGCAGCGGGCCUGGGCAGCAGCUCCGCCAGUCACAUCUACCGUAGGGAAGGGGAGUUCACGGUCGAGGCCCUUGCCUUCAACAACAUCAGCUCUGCCUCCCUAAAAGCGCACCUUUUCAUCGUGCGGGAGCCCUGCCAGCCGCCCCCGGUGAAGAACACGGGGCCCGGGACGGUGCAGGUGUGGCGGUCCCAGCCUGUGACCCUGGCAGUGACCUUCGAAGCGGCCAUUCUCUGCGACAUCUCCCGAGGCCUUUCCUAUACCUGGAGCCUCAGGGACUCUGCAGGGCUGCAGGUGCCCCUGCCUCCCGCCGUCAGCACUCGCAGGCGGACUAUCACUGUCCCCAGCUACUUCCUGGAGCCCGGGAACUACACCGUGCUGGCCAAGGUGCAGGUGGAAAGCAGUAUCGUGUACACAAACCACUGCGUGGGGGUGGAGGUGCGAGCCAGGGCCCCCGUCAGCGUGAUCUCCGAGGGCACGCACCUGUUUGUCCCCAGGACCCCCUCGUCCACCGUCGUGCUCAGGGGGUCCCUGUCCUACGACCCGGACAGGCCUGGGGCCGCUCUCAGGUACUACUGGACGUGCACCCCAGCCAGCAGUCCUGGAGCCCCCUGCUUCUCGGGGCCCUCUCCACGCAGCCUGGACGCUGGGGCCCCCACCCUCUCCUUCGCAGCGCUCUCUCUCAGCGGCAGCUACGACCAGUUUCUCGUGACACUGACAGUGUCCAGCAACGGCCAGAACUCCUCAGAGGCGCAGGUGUUCUUGUCCACCCAGCCCGACGCAUCGCUCAGGCUCGCCCGCAUCUCCUGGGUCCGCUUCAGGGACGUGUCUGUGAACUGGAACGAGGAACUGUCCCUCCGCGCCGAGUGUGACGCCUGCGGCAGCGCAGCCGGCCACUCUUACUCCUGGGACCUCUUUUUAGUCAACGCCACGGAAAAGCGCCGCUCGGAAGCGGAGAAAAGGCCCCUGUUGGCCCGGCCCCGAGUGGAGGCUGGCCCAGCUUUCGCUGAGGCACUUCUCCUGGUUCAGAGGCGCAGCGAGCUGCUGGAAGUGACGGGGGCGGCACCCGCUGUCCAGGGCCACAGCCCUCCGGCCGCGCUGGUCCCCGGUGCACACGCGCCGGGCUCUGUGACAGCGUGGGGCCCCGAGACCCCCGGCCGGCCUGACCUUCCAGCCGCCGCGAGCGCCUCCGUGGGGCCCACAGCCGCCCUGCACCGUGCUCCCACUGCCGGUGACACUGCGGGGCCAGGGCCCAGCCCCGUGGGGGGCAGCCCGGCCCCUGAGGCCCCUGACUUUGAAGCCUAUUACAGCGAAAUCCAAGAAGCGAUGCCUCCCGCAGGAAGGCAGCCAGGGGCCAACACCCACCUUCCAGAAUCAGGGCCAAGCGCUGGUGCUGACGGGAACCACGGUGACGGGGACAACCUGCUGGGCCCCUUCUUCUCCGCAGCUAGUGCCAGGCCUACACUCCUGGUCGACUGGCCCAAGGCCCUGGUGGGCCGAGCAGUUUUCCACGGCUACACGGCAUCCGGGAUCACGGGACAGACAGUGACAAUCAAGCCAUACUCGCUGAGCCCUGGAGAGACAUAUGUCCUGCAAGCGUCUGUGGCUUCGAAUCACAGCUUUCUGGGGAAGGCUCAGCUGUACCUGACCACGAACCCAGCUCCCCGGGGCAUGGCCUGCCAGGUGCAGCCCCACCACGGCCUCGAGGCGCACACCACCUUCAGCGUCUUCUGCACGUCGGGGGCACAGGACUUCCGUUAUGAAUUUAGUUACCAGACGGGAAGCACCCUGAAACACACUUUGUACCAUGGGACAGACGCCCAGUAUUACUUUGCGCUGCCAGCCGGGGAGCCCGCGGACGGUUACCAGGUGCUGGUGUCCACUGAGAUCACAGACGGUAGAGGCUCCCAGGUGCCGCCGUGUGCUGUGGCCGUGACUGUGCUGCCACGUUUCCAUGGGAACCGCUGCCCCGGCGAGGACAUGUAUAAUUCCAGCCUGAAACACCUGUCUACCCUCCAGCUGAUGGGGAGUUACACAGAAAUGAGGAACUACAUCUCCGUGAUCACCAGGGUCCUGCAUCGUUGGGCUAAGGAGGACGGAAGUCCCUCCUGUGGCCAGUGGUCACGAAUACAGGAUGCACUCAUUUCUUCAGUCUGCGGACUGGCUUUCCACGACCAGGAAGAAAUGAUGGACUCUGUCCUUAUGUUGCGGGACCUCACAGGCUUCCAUAACCAGAGCCCCCAGGACUCUCUGCAGAUCAGGAUAGACUUUUCCAGGCCUGUUUCGAGAGCUUUCCCGGUCAUGGUGCUGGUGAGGUUCUCUGAGAAGCCUGCUCCUUCUCACUUCCUUGUGAAACAAACUUUCUCCUGGGACGAGCACGUCAUCCACAUUUCCAUACCUGCGUCACUGCAAGACAGCACGUUGGGGUAUUUGUCCUUACUCGAUGCCGACUACGACAGGACGCCCCGGAACAAAUAUCUAGCCAAGGCCGUGAGCUACAGUGUGCGCUUCCAGUGGGUGCGCUGCCUGUUCUGGGACAUGGGAGAGUGGAAAUCUGCAAGUUUCCCUCCACAGCCAGGAACGUCUCCAGAAAAAGUGAGCUGUAGCUAUGACCGUCUCUCUACGUUCUCUGUCGUGAGAACAAACCUGAACACCAGCUUUGAAACAUGUGACGUUUCCAAGUUACAGCGACAGCCAGAAAACCUGCUUCCCAGUAUUAUUAUUAUGGUUUUUACGAUUCUUUAUGCACCUUUGGUCACUAAAAGCAGACGCGUAGAUCAUCGUGAAAAAAAGAAAACUGGUUACAUUUUUCUGGAAGAAAACACCCCACCCGGCCACCAGCUGUACGCGAUCGUCGUGGACACUGGCUUCCGGGCUCCGGCCCGCUUCACCGCCAAGGUGUACAUUGUUUUAUGUGGUGAAAAUGGACAUUCAGAACCCAAAGAACUCUACCAUCCCGAGAAGCCCCUGUUCGAAAGGAACUCUAGACACACGUUUGUCCUGAGCGUCCCUGCUCCGCUGGGCCCGCUCCGGAAGGUCCGCCUGUGGCACGACAACCGUGGCCCUUCUCCCGCCUGGUACGUCAGCCACGUGAUGGUGAAAGAGCUGCUCACCAGACGCGGACACAGCUGGUUCUUCCCCGCCGAGUGCUGGCUGGCCGCGGGCAGGCGGGACGGCCGUGUGGAGCGGGAGCUGGUCUGCCUGCGCCAGGGCCCCGGCUUCUGGACGCUCCUGUAUUCAAAGUUCACAGAGUCCCUGGAGGACUUCCACGUGUGGGCCUCCACGCACAGCCGGCCCUCUGGCAGGGGCCCCCUGCACACGCCACGCCUGAGUGUCACCUUCACCCUGCUGUGUGCCCACGCGUGUGUCGCUGCCCUGGUCACUGCUGCCGGACACGAGCAGCUCCCCGUGGGCGUCGGUCCCACCGGCAUCCCUCUUGGGUCCCUGAGGACGGGGUUCCUGUGCACCUUCCUGGUCUCUCCCGGGGCGCAGCUCCUGCUGCUCCUCUUCAGGCUCAGCGAGGUACCAGUGGGCGUCCGUGUGGCCCUGGAGCCAGUGGGCCACCCCGAGUGGAGCCCCGCCAGCCCCCGAGAGGAGCGCGCACAGAGGCAGCUGUGGCAAAGCCCGUUGGCCGUCUGCUCGGAGAGUGCCCAGGCCAGGGGCGACGGUGCAGACCGCCCGCCCCUGCAGUUGGAGGCCUGCGGGGCUGGCCUUGGCCAGCAGGCUUCGAGGGAGAAGAGUGACCACUGUGCCCUCAGGAUGCCAGCCCCCAGUGGAGGGUUUGAAGGACUCACCUCGUCCUGGUGUCCGAAGGCGCCCCCGCCAUGGGUGGGCUCUGCAGCGUGGGCCGUUUGUGGGAUGGUCUCCGUGGCCUGUGGCUUGGGGACAGGAUUUCUAGGAUACAGGUUUGGCCUGACGCAGUGUGCGCAGUGGCUGUGUCUGCUGGUCCUCUCUGUGGCCUGCUGUGUCUUCGUCACCCAGCCACUUAUGAUAGGCCUCGCGGCUCUGGGCUUCGCUUGGAAAAGGAAAGGCGACAAGCACUUCUUCACCGUGAGUUUGCAUGAAGCCACCAAGGACCUGGACGCUGAGCUGGAACGACGCUGCAGGACUGGUGCGCCCGGCGGAGCAGGCGGACCCGAGAAAGCCCUGGCAGCACGACAGCAAGCCCGCCGCCUGCGCUGGGCGCGCCCACCGCCCCCUGCCCAGCUCAGGGUCACCCGGGAGAGGAUGAGAAGAGAGGUGCGCACGCAGGCGGUGCUGAGAGACAUUGCCCUGUGCACCCUCAUGCUGCUUCUGCAUUUGUUCGUAACGUGUGGGAAAUUCUCCCAGCACGAGUGCUCCCUCAAUCAAGCCAUUCGGGACACGUUUACAAGGCGCCGGUCCUGCCACCAGGUGGCGCUGCGCGCACGACGCUGGAACGGAGACGGGCCUUCAGGUCCCGUUGCGCGGGCGGCGGCCCCCACGCGUCGCUCGUGGGGUGGCGCGUGGCUGCGCGCGUCGCUCGUGGGGCGGCCGCGGCGAAGUGCCGGGACCUCCUUCGGCGGCCUGGGUGGCGUGGACGCCUGGUGGGGCUGGAGCCUGACCACACUGCUGGACGGCCUGUACCAGCACGGCCCCUCCUCAGCCGGCCCAUCAGGCGCUCAGCCCGGAGCUCUCGCAGGGAAGUGCUACCUGAUGGGCACUGUGGUCAUUAAGCAGCAGAAGGGUCCUCCCGGUGGUCCACACGAGCCCAGGCCACUUUCAGUGCUUGUUGACGACCCUCAUCCUACAUGCUGCUCCAAAGUCAGAGGCCCCGAAACCCCCUCUGUGACAGACCCCGAGAUGGGAAGAGUGGCCCCGAGUGGCCCCGGGGGCUGCAGGGAGGACUGCGAGCUCAGCCUGGGCAGCACGAGAGCCGCAGCCCACGCCGCCCUGACCGGGCUCAGGGCCCGCCGGUGGGUGGACGGCAGCAGCAGGGCCGUGUCCGUGCACUUCACCCUCUACAACCCUCCAACCCGCCUCUUCUCCCGCGUGACGCUGAGCGCCGACAUGCUCCCCGCCGGAGGCCUCGCCCUCUCCUCCCUGGUGGAGUCCGUCGUCGUCUUCCACAGCGACUCAGCCCCGCGGUACCACCUCACCCUCCCCGAGCUGGCCUUCCUGGUGCUCACGCUGACCCACCUGUGUGUCCAGCUCUACCGCAUGGCCGAGGAGGGCGUCCGCUGCUACUGGCGAAAACCGGGGAACUGGCUGGAGCUGUCCAUCGCUGGAACGGGCCUCACCUGCUGUGCAGCCUCCGGCCAUCUGCUCUCUCUUGCUGGGGAGGUGACCGACCAGUUCCACAAAGGACUUUUCCAGGAGUUUGUGGACCUCAGUCACAUGGCAGCCUGGAGUCAGAGGACGAGGUGGCUGCAGGGGACGCUCUCCUUCCUCCUGACCCUGAAGUGCCUUCAUCUUCUUGGCCUUGGAAACAUGAUGGCGUCCUGCUCCUUGGUGCCGCGUCCCUCACUGUCCGGCGUCUUCGCCCCCGGGGUGAGGAGUCUGUCUUUACCCCGUUUGCUUCCCGAUAAACCAGCAGGAGCGGCCUCGGUCUCCUGCGCGCUGCGGGGAUCUGCUGUCCCUGACGUCAGCGGUUCUGUGGGAAGUGGUGGCUGUGGAGAACGUGCUCACAGCGCACUUUCCCGGCUGGCGGGCGUCCUGGUGCUGGCCGCCCACGCCCACCUGCGAGGCCCUCUGCUCCUCACCCUGGCUCCGCCAUCCGGCAUCUUCGCAGCCGCCUUCCACCGCCGGCUGUGUCAUCUUCCAGGGAGCAGCCCAAGAGCCGUGUUCCUCGGCCUUCCCGAGCCCGGCCGGCGGGCCGCGGCGUGGUGCUACGUGGCCCUCCUGACAGCACUGAACGCUCUGUGCUUUGGGAUGUUGAGAGGCUCCCUCAUGACUUUUGCCCGAAAAAGAAAACCUUUUCAAAGCAGAUUUCUUGUGACACUUCAAGAUGUGACUGCGUACCUCUGGGGGCAGGCCCGCACCUUGCUGGGGCUCCAGAGGCCAAAGCCUGAGGAGGCAGAGCUGGCGGAAAACCACAGUUACUACCUGGAAGAAUUUGCAGGCCUGUUAGAUGAACUUCUGCUGAAGAUUAAUGGUUUGUCCGACAACCCAGAGCUCCGUCUUCCAGAACCACAGCCCGGUGGUGCCGCGGAGGCCGGGGCAGAAGAGUGUUCCCUGGUGGGGGCUUCUGCUGACCAAGCCCAUGGGGUGACACUGGCGCUGAGCUGUGCUCUGGCCAGGACCCGGGGACUGCCCAGCCCGGGAAACGUGUGGUGUGACUUCCAGCGUAAAUGGCGGCAGAGCUAUCGGUCUGCUGCCUCCCCCUGA